AAAAAUCGAUGAUUAAACACGCAUAUUCAGACACACUGUCUGUUCUAUAAUUCAAGUAUCGUAUAAAAAAUGUAAAAUUGUUGGAAAAUCGAAAAACAUAUUAUUCAGUGCCAACCCAAGAAUAUCAAAACCACCAAUCCGAUCAACGUGUUGCACUAACCUCACUUUCAAGCAAAACAUAAACACGAUGGAUUCAAACGAAGAAAACCCCGCAAGCCAAGAAAUCAGUGAAGGUUUGGCCAAAAUUAAAACCUCCGGAAGCGUUUUCUACAAUCCCGUUCAAGAAUUCAACCGUGAUUUGAGUAUUAUAGUUUUGAACACCUUUGCGAAACAACUAUCGCAGUCUGAGACACCGCUGAACCCCGGAGUCAAACACGAAAACGGCAUUUCAAUCCUGGAAGCCCUGUCAGCUACCGGUUUGCGCAGCAUUCGAUACGCUAAAGAAGUCAAAGGCGUGAAAGAAAUCAUCGCUAAUGAUAUUUCAAGUAAAGCCGUGGAAGAUAUUAGACGCAAUGUUUGUGACAACGGGGUCAACGAUUUGGUUGUACCCAGCCAUGAUGACGCAACGAUGUUGAUGUAUAAAUGUCGCAAGGAGCGUCGCUUUGACGUUAUCGAUUUAGACCCGUACGGGUGUCCGUCUAUUUUUCUAGAUGCUGCAGUGCAGACAAUUAAAGAAGGGGGGUUAUUGUUGGUUACGGCCACUGAUAUGGCCGUUCUGGCAGGUAAUUCACCUGAGACGUGUUAUAGUAAAUAUGGUGCUAUUUCCUUACGGAUGAAAGCGUGUCAUGAAAUGGCUUUGAGAAUUUUAUUGCAAUGCAUUGAGUCCCACGCUAAUCGAUAUGGCCGCUAUAUCGUACCUUUAUUGUCACUGUCGGCUGAUUUUUAUAUCAGAGUAUUUGUACGAGUGUUCACGAGCGCUAAAACGUGUAAACAGACCUUGAGUAAAUUGUCGAUGGUUUAUCAUUGUACAGGGUGUGGCAGUUUUCAGUUGCAACCUCUAGGAACUAUGAGAAUAAACGAGAAAAAUCGACAGAUGAAAUACGGGUUGCCUACCAACCCCCCAGGUGGUAGUUGUGAACAUUGUAACCAUCCGUAUCAUCUUGGGGGCCCCAUUUGGAACGCCCCAAUCCACUCGUCUGACUUUUUAAACAACUUACAAACCGAAGUGUCUGAAAAUUUCGCCACUUUUAAACGUAUACAGGGUGUUUUAAGUGUUAUUAGUGAAGAGUUGAUAGAUGUACCUCUGUAUUAUACUUUGGAACAGCUUAGUGGGACUUUACAUGUGGAGACUCCAUCUAUGGUCGCCGUUAGAUCGGCGAUUUUAAAUUCUGGUUAUAGAGUUUCAUACACGCAUAUGAAUAAAACCUCUAUUAAAACAGACGCUCCUGGGAGACUACUUUGGGAUAUUAUGAGGACGUGGGAAUCCCAGCAUCCAGUAAAUCAAAAACGAUUGGUGGAAAACAGUCCCGGAACGAAUAUCCUGGCGAAAAAAAUCGAAUUUGGAGUUUCUUUUGAAUACCAUAGUGAAGCGAGUCCAGAAUCCAAAAAGCUAGGUUUUUUGAGGUUUCAGCAGAAUCCAAUGCCCAAUUGGGGGCCUGGGACUAGAGCCACAGCAAUGGUAGGUGACAACAAAUUGGAAAAACGGAAAAAGAAUCAAGGGAAACGGAAGAGGGAACAAAGCGAUGAUAAUGAAAACUCCGAAGACAACAAAAAUUGCUAAAAAAUUGUAAUUCUAAAGUCUUUGGAAUGACUCCUGUGACAAUUAAUUAAAUAUUAUAGCCAUUUAAAUAGCUGCAUAAAAAUAAAACUCGUUUUAGGACUGCU